GCCUGGGUCAGGACUCCUGUGCCCAACAUGGACAGGCUGUGCUCCAUUCUUCUCCUGCUGACCGUCCCUGCCUGGGUCCUGUCCCAGGUCACUCUGAAGGAGUCUGGACCUGGGCUGGUGACCCCCACACAGACCCUCAGGCUGACCUGCUCCUUUUCUGGCUUCUCACUGAGCACAACUGGUACACGUGUAGGCUGGAUCCGUCAACCCCCAGGGAAGGGCCUAGAGUGGCUAGCAAACAUUGACUGGGAUGAUGAUAAGUACUACAACUCAGCCCUGAAGAGCCGGCUCACAAUCUCCAAGGACACCAACAACCAGGUGUCCCUCAUGAUGACCAGCAUGGACCCUGCAGACACAGCCACAUAUUACUGUGCAAGAGUGCAGCUGCAACAGUCUGUGCCAGGCCUGGUGAAGCCCACAGAGACCCUGUCCCUCCCCUGCAUGGUCUCUGGAUUCCCCGUCACAACCAGUGGCUAUGAGUGGAACUGGAUCCGUCAGCCCCCAGGAAAGAUCCUGGAGUCGAUGGGGGACAUAUAUUUCAGUGAUAGCAUUGGCUACAGCCCAUCCCUCAAGAGCGGCAUCUCCAUCUCCAGAGACACCGGCAAGAACCAGCUCUUUCUGCAGCUGAACUCUGCCACUGUGGAGGAUACAGCCGUAUAUUACUGUGCAAGAGACAACAGUAAUUUGAUACUAGGGAGUCCAGACCCAAACUUCCCCGUCAUCACAAAUUAUGGGAGCUCAACUGACCUGGUGACUGAUCAGCAUCAGAUCCUGCAAAUGAUGUCUGUUUUCCAGGAGCUAAGACCUGUGUCCAUCACUGACACACAGAGUCCAAAGAUCGUACAGAAAACAUUCAAAUACUCAAACAUGAGGUCAGUGGAGCUGAGGGGAUUGAUGGACAUCCAUUCCCUCUAA